GUCAACACCAGGGGCUCACCACCACAGACCACCAAAGCAUCGCCAGAUCCCACGGACGCCGUUGCAUUUUGACGACGUGACGACGCCGGCUGCAAGCGCCCGCGCCGAGCGCCCCUGUCUGCGCGAGCCUGAGGAUUAGCUGCGCUGGGGAUCACUUGCAACCCAACUGCAGCCCCUUCACUCGCAGUAAUAAUUGGUGCCUCAUACAUCCCCUUUGCCCAGCCCAGUCCGCUUCUGGCUCGCCCUCUCCGUGCUUCUCCCGAAACGGCAGCUUUUCGUUCUCCCAAUCCAUCCCCAUCGUCCGCCGUCACAAUGUCUCUCCAAUCUGCGGCCGACGUGCCCAUCCUCAUCACCUCUGCAAACUCGUCGUCUGAGCGCCGAGUAACGCCCUCGUGGAGCAUAGCGCAAUUCAGGACGCGCCUGGAGCCCAUCACGGGUAUCCCGGCCUCCGCGCAGAAGCUCUCGCUGCGGGUGGGCUCCCAGGAUGCCAUUGCCGUCGAGGCCGCCGACGAGGACAACACGCAGCUGGCGGCGUUCCCGCUGCAGGCCUACGCCGAAAUACAUGUCGUAGACACGCGCCCGCCGUCGGCCCGAACCGACUUCUCGGACGUGUCCGCCGUGGCCAAGUACACCAUGCCAAGCACCGAGUAUGAGACGCGCAGCGACAGUGUCCUGGCCUGGAAAAAGGCGCAGAAGCUCGGUCGGUUCGACCCGAACGCGCCCAGCCUGGAGGAGCAGAAGAUUCGAGCCCUGGAAAGGGAGGUCGAAGAGCGAGGCCUUUCGCUCUCCACCCGCAUCCGCCUCCUCCCCCCGACCGACGCGCGGCGCGGCACAAUCCGCUUCAUCGGCCCCGUGCCCGAGCUGCCGGGCCUCGGGCCGUGGAUCGGCGUCGCGCUGGACGAGCCGACGGGCAAGAACGAUGGCAGCGUCAAGGGGGUGCGGUACUUCGAGACGGGAAAGAACCGGGGCGCGUUUGUGCGGCCGGAGCGGUGCGAGCCGGGGGAGUGGGAGGAGUUGGGGGUGGAGGGAGAGGACGAGGAGAUGUAGGUAGGUUUAAGGGAGGAAGAAAAGC